AGCUCUUGCCGGAGAUGUCUAUAACAAAAUCUCCCACCGUUUUGAUUCUGCCUAUUUCAUCUCCAUUCCAAGUAACAAAGACAUGUUAAAAGAGGCAUUUCUUCGGAUAGCUUUCCCAGAAGAAUUUGAACCUCAAUAUUCUAAAAGCCUAAGACUCUACAAGAUACUUGUUGUUUUUGAUGAUGUAGAGCAGCAGGGACUUUUAGAUGAAGGAUGGAUUAGAGGGUUGUUCGGAGGAAGAAGUGGAAUUAUCAUAACAAGCAGAGAUGAGGAACUCCUUAGGUAUCUUGGAGUAGAUGAAAUUCACAAGGUGGAACUAUUGAAUCAAAAAGAAGCUCUUCGACUUUUCUGCAAAAUUGUUUUCAAAAGUAACAAACCAAUGAGAGGUUAUGAGGAACUGACCUUUGAUGCACUUAAAUUUGCCGAUGGCCUUCCGUUAGCUAUUAAAUCAGUGAGUUCAUCGCUGGUUAGUCCAAGUGUCUCAGAGUGGAAAAGUGUGUUGACCAAGCUGCAAACAGAUCUUGACUUUUCAAUCAUCACGGUGCUUCAAAAAAGUUUUGAUGGACUCUCAUUUGAACAGAGAAAAGCUUUCUUGGAUAUUGCAUGUUGCUUUGCAGGUCAAAGGACAGAUUGACGAACGCAAUAUCUUGGUCAUGUUUUUUAAGGCGGCACUCAUGCUCAACAGGCUUACGGAUAAGUCAUUGAUAAUCAUAUCAAAUCAAAUAAUAAAAGUACAAUCUAUCCUAUAACAAUUGGCAAAAAUAAUUGUUCAACGUGAAUCUUCUCAGCCUGGAAUGCGGAGUAGGAUAUGGAGUUAUGCAGAUUUUUGUCAUAUUAUGGAGACAAACACUGGAACUAAUCGUGUUGAAGUCAUAGUAGCCUCAAAUAAUGAAGAACAUCCACAAUGGAGAACGUUAAACAUCAAAGGUUUGUCAAAAAUGAAGGGACUUAGAAUUCUUAUAUUAAGCGGUGUGAAAUUUUCAAGAAGUUUGAGUGAUCUUUCUGACAACUUAACAUAUCUUUGAAUAAAUAUCCGUUUCAUUACUUGCCAUCAAAUUUUAAUCCAACAUAUCUUGGGGAAUUGAUCAUGCCAAAUAGCAACAUGACACAACUAUGGAGAGACCAAGAGGAAGAGAUUCCGUGGUUAACGAGCUUGAACCUCUGUGGCUCUAAAGAUCUGAAGGAGACACCUAAUUUUAUAUUUCUUGAAAGUCUUGAGAGGUUAGACUUGGAAGGAUGCACUUCAUUAGUGCAGCUUCAUCCUUCUAUUGCGUAUCUGAGAAGGCUUAAUUUUUUGAAUUUGAGAAACUGCACAAAUCUAGAAAGUAUUCCAAAUGAAUUAUUUGGCAAAAGCUCUCUUGAAUCUCUAAAUCUGGCAGGCUGCUCCAAAUUUGCCCAAUGUUUGACGUUUCCUAAACCGCGCGAAGUAACGUUGUUGGUGGAAGCAGAGAUCAAAAGCUCCCCUGAAGUACUAUGUCGGGCUGCCUGGUUUGACAGAGCAAAACGAAGAAAAGCAGAAAAUGGAGGAAGCAUCAACAUCGGACCGAACUCAUUAUAAAAAAUGGAAGGCUGCAGCAAUUACUGAAGAGAUUGAGAAAGCUUCCACGAGUUCAUUCACUCCAACGAUACCAUUCUGGUUAUUGCAAAUGAGAAGACAAAGGUUAAUGGAGGAGUUAUUUUCAAAGAUGAGAUCAAUCGUUGGCGACAAAACUAAGGAAUAUGCUCGAGCCAAUAUGCGAUAAGCGGUUUGACAAAAGGUUGGGUUGGAAUUUCGUAAAUCGCAUUAAUACAUAAUAUUUGCCUUUGUUAUGGAGCAUUUCUAUUUUAUAAUUAUAUCCAAACACAUACAUUAUUUAUGGUGUCUCAGAUUUGGACACAUUAUUUUACAAUGUGAUAGUCAGCCACAUAAAUUUAGCAAAAGACAAUAGAUUCAGAGCUGACAGGCAAA